AUGGAUCACGACAACAUACUCGCCAGGUACAUGCCAAUCAUCAUGUCGCGGAUGGCUGCCAACGAGGCUGAAGAUGCAGAGAUGGAAGGCCGAGCUCGCGGCAGGCGUCGAGCAUCUUCUCGCGCUCGACGAGAAGCCCCUUUGCGGACCGGACCGGUAAUUUCUUUCUUCGACAGAUGUAAUGCUCCCUGGCCCGAAGAUCCCCAGCCGGAAUCGGAAGAGCCCCAACCGGAAUUAGAAGAUCCUCAGCCAUCUUCCUUCGUGCUACCGAAUGCUCCUCCUCCCAGGCAGACCCGGCCAGCAGUAUCUCACGUUUUACAAUGGAAUGUCCCUCGUAUCUCCGACAGUCAGCAACGAUGUGGAAACAGAAAACCAAAGCUAAAAAAGCUCCCCUACGUGGACCGGGAAGCAAAGACUUCAACAUUGGAAGAAUUGUGCAGCAAAGGAUCGCCAUUUGCUUUUCCCGGAGGACCCCGCCACCCUAGGGUCCACACCCUGAUCGGCCGAGAUGAUCGGGUUCCUCCGCCACGACGAGGGACCCCUUCCAGCCCGACUGGAAGCUCGGAAUGGCAAUCCACGAGAAGGUCUCCACUCCAGCUUCUCCCGGACCCACCCCCGCCACCGAGCAGUCAAAUCGGACCCGUACGGCAAGAGCGGAGGCAUAAUCGAAGUGACCCUUACGCCGGGAGAAGGCGUAACCGAGUCAGGGAAUCAUCGACAGGUGGAAAUUGA